GAGCAGACAAUGGCCUGCAUGGGGACGUUUAAUAGGAUAGCGGGCAUUAGCGCUAAGACGCUCCCGGCAUCCAGGUUUGCCAAAUCCACUGUGUGGCACUCUGGGAGGUUCACAGUGGUCGGCGGAAUUUUGUGGCCUUUUUUCAGCACCUUUUUGGAAGCCGAAUAAGAUAAGAACAUCCUCGUCUUUCCGUCAGCUCGCCGCUUUCCUUCCCCUACUCCCCCGGUAAAGACUCGGAACCCGCUGCAACCAUGGUGGUGAUGAAGGUGAAGUUCCCCUUUCAGAAAAGGGUGAAGCUCGCCCAGGGACUGUGGCUCCUCUCCUGGUGUGCCACGGUGGCUGGGGCCAUCACCUUCACCCUGGGGUGCAUCCUCAAGACUGAACUCCGCAGGAGGGCAGAGGUAAUGGACAAUGCCGACAUCCACAUCGUGCCCAACACCCUCAUGAUCGUCGGUCUGGCCUCGUUGGGGAUCAACUACUUUGCGUCAAAGAUCUGUCAAGACGCUCUGGACGCUGGGCGGUUUCCUCGCUGGAAGAACUUGCUGAAGCCCUACUUUGCCGUGUCUUGUUUCUUCACCGUCCUCAUGCUGCUGGGGGUCAUCAUGAGCUACGCCAUGAAGGGCAGUCUGGAGUCUUCUCUGAAGGUCGGCCUGAGGAACGGCAUCCGCUUCUACAAAGACACGGACACUCCGGGCCGCUGCUUCCAGAAGCAGAACAUCGAUCGGCUGCAGAUGGAGUUCCAGUGCUGCGGGAACAACGACCACAGGGACUGGUUUGAAGUGCAGUGGAUCAGCAAUCGUUAUCUGGAUUUCAGUUCCAAGGAAGUCAAAGAUCGCGUCAAGAGCAACGUGGAUGGACGCUACCUGGUCGAUGGCGUCCCAUUCAGUUGCUGCAACCCCAGUUCUCCUCGCCCGUGCAUCCAGUAUCAGCUCACCAACAAUUCAGCUCACUAUAACUAUGAGUACCAGACAGAGGAGCUCAACAUCUACCUGCGGGGCUGCAGGGAGGCUCUGGUCAACUAUUACAUGGGCCUGAUGAACACCAUCGGGGCCGGGGUGCUCUCGGUCUUCCUACUCCAGGGUUCGGUACUGGUGAGCUUGCGCUUCCUGCAGACCUCCAUGGAAGCGGUGGCCGGGAAGGAGAACACGGAAAUCGAGACGGAGGGAUACUUGCUGGAGAAAGGCGUGAAAGACACCUUCAUGGAGUACUUUGACCCAGUGCUCAAGUUCCUGCUGCUUAAGAACCAGGUGCAGGAGGGCACGAGCGCCGACGCUGCGGCUGCCACUUAAACACCGCGGAUGUGUGGAUGACAUCUUCUCCCUACCGGAAGACAUCUUUUCCAGGACCUUCUAUUCUAUGUAUGUUUUUAAAUCGUUAGCUUAAAUGGAAAUCCCAUGGUUGUAACGAAUAGAAUGCAAUCAAUACGAUUAGAUAAGAUUUGGUCUUUUCUUGAUUGAUGAUUUCAUCCUGGAUAUUGGAGGAAAAAAAAUGUUGUUCAAUUUCUGCUACACCAAGUACAGGAACUUUGAAACUCCAAUAACAAGCAUCAACUUUGGUGUCCUCCGCCAUCACAUGCGUUAAUUGGCUUCGGAAGCACCGCAUGAAACCACAGGGCCAAAUGACUCCCCGUGAAUAAAACGUCACGAUGUCCUGAUUUCUAAACGUCACGCGGUGUCCAAUCAUCACAACCGUUAUCACUGACAUGAAACUCCAAUAACAAGCAUCAACUUUGGUGUCCUGCGCCAUCACACGCGUUAAUUGGCUUCGGAAGCACCGCAUGAAACCACAAGGGCCAAAUGACUCCCCGUGAAUAAAACGUCACGAUGUCCUGAUUUCUAAACGUCACGCGGUGUCCAAUCAUCACAACCGUUAUCACUGAUAUGAAUGUUUUCAGAGUGCAAGGUUUUAUUUGCCACUGUUUUUUCAUGAAUUUAUUUAUUUUGCAUGUUUUUUUCUUUAUGAUGUGGUGAUUGAACACAGCAAACAAAAAAAACUCAGGUUUUUAGUCAGCAGGUUCGGAGAACAUGUCGUAUACUUUUCGCACAUAGCGUGCAAAUUAGCAAAAUUUGAAUUGAAAAAAAAUUCUUAAUCAAUUGUCAUCAUUACUCACAUCCCUCAGAUUUAUUUGUUGUCAUACAAAAACAUAAAAAAACUACUAGUUUAUUAGAGUGUUCUUGUGUUAAUAUUUGAAGGUUCUAAUUGCCUUAUGUAGUAGACUCACUUAGUGCUGUUUUGUUCUUUAAUAAAUGUAAUACUCUGUUAACAGUUUUUUUUCCAAACAUGUCACCCACCAUCGCAGUUGCUCCAAGACAGUCAUCUUAAUCCCCGCCAGUCUCACUCCGAUUCAGAUUAAGACGGACAUCAGUAAUACGCUGAAAUCCAUUAACAGUGUCCUCUAUUGGGACACCUUUGUUAAAGCUGUUAAGCUCAGGUGUUAAUACGCAACCUGCUGGAGCUGCAGUCUCCUGGGGAAGGUGCAUGUAUGGAAGGAGCAGGGCUUCCCACAGGUGUUCGUCUAGUUUAUUUUCUUAUGAAGAGAAACAAAACAUCUGUUUCGUGGGAUAUGCAGAAAUUGAACACAAGCUGCAUUGUACAGUGUAAUGCAUUAAAAAUGGCAAUUGAGUGAAAUUUUAUUAAAAAUUAUUU